AAGCUUUUUAACCUUUAAAAGGAAUUUUUCUUUUUCAUAUAUGUUAUUGGCUUUGACUGAUUCAUGUGGCUGACCCUCCUAGUCUGAUUGUUAUUGUGCUUGUCUACCUCCUAACUUGGUUAUAUUGUGUAUUGGAUGACUAUAAGCUGUAGGCCUUCUACCUUUGACUAUUGUUUCUUGGUUCUUUUGAAGAUUAAUUUGAUGUUUUAUAUUGUUGAAAUUUGCUCACAAAGGUUUGGACCAUUUCAUCCCAGGGCCUGUUGGAACUGAGAGUAACCUCCUUGUUGCUGCUGACAAUGGGAUUUUGUUUCCUAAAUCAAUGAUGGAAUUUUGGGAUUCUCCAAGGCAAGACCUAAUAGUGGACAGGCUUUCAGAGUGUGAGAAGCAAAAGCUGCUUAACCUUGUAAAGAUACAAAAUGAUGGGACUGUUGACGUUGAUCUGGAAAAAGAUGCACCUCUUGUAUCCGAAUUGUUGAAGUUUCAAUCUUUUGAAGAGUCAACAACGAGUGCAAGUGUUGUUUCUGAAACAAAAAUAUCAGCUCCAUGGUUACAAAUUGUCAUGCUUGUGGUUGGGACUAGAGGCGAUGUACAACCUUUCCUGGCCAUCGCAAAAAAACUCCAGGACUAUGGUCAUCGUGUUAGGCUGGCAACACAUGCUGAUUUUGACACAUUUGUAAAGAGUGCUGGUGUUGAUUUCUAUCCGUUGGGUGGUGAUCCUCGUGCUUUGGCAAGAUAUAUGGUGAGGAAUAAAGGUAUAAUCCCAUCUGGUCCAACUGAAAUAUCUAUCCAAAGAAAGCAGCUAAAGGCUAUUAUUGAUUCUCUUCUUCCAGCAUGCAUAGAACCUGAUUUGGAAACUGGUAUUCCUUUUAGAGCUCAGGCUAUUAUAGCCAAUCCUACAGCAUGUGGACAUACACACCUUGCUGAAGCCCUCGGGGUGCCCCUUCACAUCUUCUUCACAAUGCCUUGGACGCCAACAUAUGAGUUUUCACACCCUUUGGCUCGUGUUCCUCAAAGUGCUGGUUAUUGGCUGUCAUAUAUAAUUGUGGAUGUACUGAUAUGGUGGGGAAUACGAGGACUCAUCAAUGACUUCAGGAAAAGAAAAUUGAAGCUUGCUCCUAUUGCAUACUUCAGUAUAUACAAUGGAUCAAUUAAUCAUUUACCUACUGGCUAUAUGUGGAGUCCUCAUGUGGUUCCAAAACCAACUGACUGGGGCCCCUUAGUUGAUGUCGUUGGUUAUUGUUUCUUGAACCUUGGCUCAAAGUAUCAACCACAAGAAGAUUUUGUCCGAUGGAUUCAAAAAGGACCAAAACCUUUAUAUUUUGGGUUUGGGAGCAUGCCUCUUGAUGAUCCUAAAAGAACUACUGAUGUCAUAGUGGAGGCACUGAAGGAUACAGGACAACGAGGAAUUAUUGACCGGGGCUGGGGGAAUCUAGGCAAUUUGGCAGAAGUUCCAGAAAAUGUUUUCGUGCUAGAGGAAUGCCCUCAUGACUGGUUGUUUCCCCAAUGUUCUGCUUUGGUGCAUCAUGGUGGUGCUGGAACAACGGCUACAGGACUGAAGGCCGGGUGUCCAACAACCAUUGUUCCAUUCUUUGGAGAUCAGUUCUUUUGGGGAGACAGAAUAUAUCAGAGAGGGCUGGGACCUGUUCCAAUUCCUAUAUCUCAGCUUAGUCUUGAAAAUUUAACAAAUGCCAUAAAAUUCAUGCUCCAGCCAGAGGUAAAAGCACAAGCAAUGGCAAUCGCAAAGUUGAUAGAGAAUGAAGACGGUGUUACAGCUGCAGUUGAUGCGUUUCACCGCCAUCUACCACCAGAGCUACCACUACCAUCUCCAUCUCCUGUGGUGGAGGACCAUGCAAAUCCAUUGCAGUGGUUUUUUGUCCAACUAGCAAAGUUGUGCACUUUACCUUGUGGGAGUGUAUAGUUUUUUUGCUUUUUUGACUUUGAGUAUUCUUUUUUAUCUUCUAUUCAUUACAUAAUUAUAUUUUAUAGGAGUUUUCCCUUUUUUUAGUAAUGGAAGCAGUGUUUAGCUUAGUAUAUUAUUCCAUUCAUUUCUGUCAAAAUCUCUUCUUGUGAGGUUUGACUAAUAGUAGUAAUCUUGAAGUUGAGCAUCUCA